AUGUAUUCGCGAUAUAUACCACCGCCAAAGGGCGCUCCGGCCAAGGCCCAGUCGCACUCAAUCGCCGAGAUAGCCCCCAAACCCUCAACCAAGCCCCAACCUACGGCCUACGCCCGCUACAUCCCACCAUCGAAAUCGAACAAUGCGCCACCGACCCAAUCCCAGUCUUCCCAACAUGUUCGUUUCGAUGAUGCGAAGGAUGGCAAUGAUUUCUACGAUGGGCCACCGGCCAAGAAGGCCAAAAUCACAGAAGACGAUUCCCCCGAAAAGUCCAAGAAGAAGUCUAAGAAGUCAAAAAAGUCAAAGACGGAGGGAAAGCAGAGGUCAACAACUCCAGACACCAAAAUUAAUGGCGUCAGCGGGCCUAUUGGAGAGUCUGCUGAAGCAGGAGCCGACCAACAGAGUCCCAAUGGUGACGCCACUGCACUAGAAGAGACUUCGAACCAGCAAGUUGACGUUGAGAAUUCGAAAGAAGGAACAUCUUCAUUGGUGGGAAAGAAGGAGGAGAAAAAGAUCAAGGAGAAGAAGGAAAGGAAGAAGGAAAAGAAGAAGAAGCGAAAUGUUGAAGCAGCGACUGAGCCCGAAGAUGACACACCAAUGCGCCAUAAGUCGGUAUUGGAGAGAAAAGCGAAAUCAAUACGAGCUCCCAAACCUCAAGUUGUGGCGGAAGAGGAAGAAGCUGACAACGCUGCGAUGCAAGAUGCGCCUCCCCUUACAGGCGACGCGAUGGACGUGGACGCAAAGUCCGAGGAGAUCGAGGUCCAUGGGCUGGAACCCCUUCCCCAGCCAGAGCCAGUCGCUCCGGAUACAAGCAAGCCAACGUACGAGACGCUGCCGUCCUGGCUGGCCGAGCCAAUUCGGGUUUCGGCGCAGUCUACUGCCCCUUUCACAGAGUUCGGUCUCUCGCCAGAACUAGGCAUCGCCCCUGAAACCGCCCAGAGGUUGUCCGCCAAGGGAUACAAGCAAGCAUUUGCGAUACAAACAGGCGUCAUACCGCUUCUCCUACCACAUCACUGCAAGUCGAUGCAAGGCGACGUACUUGUCUCGGCUGCAACGGGUUCAGGAAAGACCCUAGGCUAUGCACUGCCCAUGAUACGAGAUCUGAGCAACGGCAAUCGCCACCUCACUAGGUUGCGUGGGUUGGUAGUUCUCCCAACCCGCGAGCUGGUCAAGCAGGUCCAGCAAGUCUUUGAUGAGUGUGUUGGAGUCUUUGCGCACGAUGGGGCUAAGAGGAGGCCACGCAUUGCCAUUGCCAUGGGUAGUCAGUCACUGGAACAGGAACAGAAUGCACUAGUCGACAGAGAGGAGCGUUACGACCCCGACGCGUAUACCCAGCGCGCGAAAAGACUAGACGUGCUGAACGGGUCCGCUUCCGACGGAGAGGAAGACGAGGGAUACAAUACCGAAGACGAGGAGAGGGCAGCCAUUCGCAGGAGGGAAGACAAGAUCCAGACCUUACCCGACCAUGUCAUCUCGUACAGGUCCAAGGUGGAUGUUCUCAUAUGCACGCCUGGCAGGCUCGUUGAGCACAUCAAGUAUACACCUGGCUUCUCGCUGGACUUUGUCCGUUGGCUCGUUGUUGAUGAAGCCGACAAGCUACUUGGCCAGGGCUUUCAACAAUGGCUUGACGUUGUCAUUCCCCGCCUUCAGACCACGAAUUUACCAGGUGCUCGCAAUCAUAAACAGUCCAAUCUGUCUGGGGUCAGAAAGGUCGUUCUCAGUGCAACCAUGACGAGGGAUCUCGAUCAGCUAGAAGGAUUGAAACUUCGGAGACCGAGGCUUGUUGUGUUGGAAGGUUAUGAAGUCGAAGCUGCUGAUACUCAAGCUGACCAUGCACUUCCAGCGUUCCUUGGAGAGGCAGCUAUCAAAGUCAGCGAUCCUAAUCUCAAGCCACUGUUCCUGCUUGAUUUUCUCCGAAGCAAAUACAUCCUUGGAGAAGCCACUCUUGAUAAGGCAAAACAAGAAGAUUCCGACGAGACUUCUUCAUCCGGAUCUGAUUCAGAUCCAGACUCCGGUGCAGACUCCUCGCCUGGAUCAACCAAAGCCUCUCCAGCACCCCUGCGGAAGCUGCCCACUGUUCUGAUAUUCACGAAGUCAAACGAGACCGCGCUGAGACUAUCGCGUCUUCUCACCUUGCUUGCGCCGACCUUCGAGCGGAUGACCGGUACUCUCACGUCCACCACACCAUACGCAACUCGUCGGGAUACGAUGCGAUCGUUCAUAGCCGGCAAGCUGCGGAUUCUCGUCGCAUCCGAUCUAGUCGCUCGCGGUAUCGAUCUGCCCUCGCUGGACCACGUCAUCAAUUACGACAUGCCUUCCAGCAUAGCAUCGUACGUCCACAGGGUGGGCCGAACCGCCCGUGCAGGCAAGACCGGGCAAGCCUGGACGCUGUUCACGAACCCCGAGGCCAGGUGGUUCUGGAACGAAGUCGCCAGUCAGGAUGUCAUACAGCGAAGCCGGAGGGUGGAGCGCAUCAGGGUUACCGAGGAGAAGGAGGACGCCUUCAAUGACAAGGUAGCUGCGUACGAGGCGGCGCUCGAGAAGCUGGGCCAGGAAGCCGGAGCUGGACAUGGGCGCAAUAGGGAGAGGAGACAAUAG